UGAUCAGGCCACCGUUCAAUUUUGGUCAAUUUGCUGUGGCAGCAGCGGCAGCUGCUGCGCAACAUGCACCGCCACCACGUUCCGAGCUUCUCCUGAAUGGACCUUCCUCGGCAUCUCUGCUGAACAAUGACGAUGACUGGGAAGCAUUGAUGGAAGUGAGUACCACUGACGAGUCCGAGAAAAUUCGUGCUUUGGUUGGCGACAAGGCACUGCCAACAACUGAUCCGAACCAGUGCUUACUGUGCCGUAGGGUGCUGUCGUGCAAAAGCGCCCUGCAAAUGCAUUACAGGACACAUACCGGAGAGCGGCCAUUCAAGUGUAAAAUCUGUCAGCGAGCAUUCACGACGAAGGGUAAUCUGAAAACACAUAUGGGUGUCCAUCGAGCCAAGCAUUCAUUUCGUGGCGGAAUUGCUGCCGCUGCGGCUGCAUCCAGCGUCCACCAUCAAUGUCCAAUAUGCCAGAAACGAUUUUUCACGGCACAGUUGCUUCAACAACAUAUCGCUCAGCACACC